CCCGGGGCGAGGCGGCGGCGCCGUGCGAGCGGCUCGGCCUGCGGCGCGGCCGGCGCGUCUAGCGCGUCCACGCGGGGCCGGGCCCGGGGCGACCGCGCCGCGCGGACGGCGCCGCCCGCCAUGCUGCUGUCCAAGUUCGGCUCGCUGGCGCAGCUGUGCGCGCCGGGCGGCGUGGAGCACCUGCCCGUGAAGAUCCUGCAGCCAGCCAAGGCGGACAAGGAGAGCUUCGAGAAAGCCUACCAGGUGGGCGCCGUGCUGGGCAGCGGCGGCUUCGGCACGGUCUACGCGGGCAGCCGCCUCGCCGACGGGCUCCCGGUGGCCGUGAAGCACGUGGUGAAGGAGCGGGUGACGGAGUGGGGCAGCCUGGGCGGCGCGGCCGUGCCCCUCGAGGUGGUGCUGCUGCGCAAGGUGGGCGCGGCGGGCGGCGCGCGCGGCGUCAUCCGCCUGCUGGACUGGUUCGAGCGGCCCGACGGCUUCCUGCUGGUGCUGGAGCGGCCCGAGCCGGCCCAGGACCUCUUCGACUUCAUCACGGAGCGCGGCGCCCUGGACGAGCCACUGGCGCGCCGCUUCUUCGCGCAGGUGCUGGACGCGGUGCGGCACUGCCACGGCUGCGGCGUGGUGCACCGCGACAUCAAGGACGAGAACCUACUGGUGGAUCUGCGCUCGGGCGAGCUCAAGCUCAUCGACUUCGGCUCGGGCGCGCUGCUCAAGGACACGGUCUACACGGACUUCGACGGUACGCGCGUGUACAGCCCCCCCGAGUGGAUCCGCUACCACCGCUACCAUGGGCGCUCGGCCACCGUGUGGUCCCUGGGCGUGCUGCUCUACGACAUGGUGUGUGGGGACAUCCCCUUCGAGCAGGACGAGGAGAUCCUCCGGGGCCGCCUCUUCUUCCGGAGGAGGGUCUCUCCCGAGUGUCAGCAGCUCAUCCAGUGGUGUCUCUCCCUGCGGCCCUCGGAGCGGCCCUCUCUGGACCAGAUCUCCGCCCACCCCUGGAUGCUGGGGGCCGAGGCCGGGGCCCCGGACAGCUGUGCGCUGCGACUCUGUGCCCUGGACGCCGCCGACGCGGCUAGCACCACAUCCAGCAGUGAGAGCUUGUGAGGGGGGGGCGGCCACACCCCGGGGGUCCACCGCGGCCGGCCGGCCCCACGCUUCGAGUGCCUUUCCCCACGCGGCUCCCGGCCGUGCUCCUCUGAGCUUGCCCCGUCCAAAGACCCUCCCGUGGACCCUCCCGCCGACCUCUCUCUCCUGUGCUGCUGCGGAGGUGGACCUGGCCAGUUGUCCUGGACUCUGGACUCCAUGCCCAGCGCCCACCUCCUCCCGGGAGACUCCCGGGCGUGCACAAGCAAUGCAACAAGGGCCGCCUGCCGGGCCCUGCCGCAGGCCUGCUGAGUCUGUUAUUUAUGGUGUGAUCCCAGGAGGGCCUCCGGCCCACCGGGCUAUUUAUUGUUUAAUUUAUUUGUUUAGGUUCCUCCCCUUGCAGCUCUGCUGCCUCCGAGGGUGCGAGGGGCCGGCAGCUGCGUGGGGACCCCGUCCCCUCCUGCCUGUCUGGGGAGAUGGACUUGUAUAGAGGCUAAUUUAAGGGGGUGGGCGACUUGGCGCCCUGGUGGGUGGGUUUUAAAUUAUUGACCUUGUACAGUUUGCCCGUGGGCUCUGGAAGCUGGGGGGUG